UUAUGUUAAUUCUGUCCUGUUGAACUUGUCGCACGUGUACGUAACAGUGCGCCUGCAACAUUUCAUAUUCUCACUUAAAAACGAACUCUCGCUGCGCUAUUGAGACAUGUAUAUCGCUGCGUAUAUCGUAUCGUCUGACUGAUCAAAAGAAUUUGUGUAAAAAUUGUUAUAAAGAAUGGCAGUGAGGAAAAAACGCGGACGGCGUGGUGGCCACGCAUCACCGCGAAAAGACGAAACGAAGACACCGAAUAUCGGUAGCGAGACGCGAGCCAAGGAUACCCAGGACAAAAACAAAAAAGCUCUGGUCGUCGCGCAGGAAAUUAAGAUCGCGCGAUUGUUGGCUAACAAUGACAAAAAGGUUCGGGACAAGGUGCUGAAGAGGCUGAAUAAAUGGUUAACGGUACGAUCGCAGAGUUCGUUCGUGUUCACGAAAGUGGACUUCAUGAGCUUGUGGAAAGGCCUGUUUUACUGCAUGUGGAUGUCGGACAAGAUGUUGAUCCAGGAAGAGCUGGCGGAUUCGCUCAGCAAACUUGUACACUGCUUGAAUUCAAGGGACACCAUUGUACUUUAUACUAGCUGCGCUCUACGGACACUCGCCACCGAAUGGUUCGGCAUAGAUCAGUAUAGACUGGACAAGUUUUCCAUGUUGGUCAGGAGGAUCCUUCGUCAGACGUUUAUAGUCUGUAAGAACCAAUCGUGGGACGUGGAAUGGGUUACAGAGAUUUCACGGAUGUUCACGCGACUCUUUUUACAUCCGAAAACUGGUCUAGGAUUCAAUCUGCACGUGACGGAGAUAUAUCUGGAGGAACUUGCCAAAGUUAGCAAUGGAAAUAUACCGGAGGAUGUAGUCCACGAACUUGUUAAACCGUUUGCUGAAUAUCUAAUAACCACAAGUGACGAAAGACAGAUGGGACAUAUCAUGAAACACAUUUUUAGACGCUUGAUAUUUCAAUCGGAUAUUGGUUUAGACUACAUGGAGAAAUUCAAAGCUUGGAAAGACGCUGGCUUUCCCUGCGCACGUAUAGACGAUAUGCAGAAGAUCGAGAUAUCUGACACAGAGGAAAAUUCUGACAAUGAAGGCAAACAGUCUUCCGAGACUGAAAUCAAGAAGCCUUUAGAUCCAAGAGCGGGUAGAGUGGAUGUCGAACUAGCGCAGAUACCUUUUAAUGCCGCGAAGAUUGCCGAGUUGCUCUCGACGUAUAAAUUUCAUCCGUCGUCAACGGCAAAGUCGCGCAGACAGCUCUUGAGACUUCUUGACGAAUAUAAAGAAUUGUCGCAGGGAAGGAUGCCGCUCGGGAUAAAGAGAGUCAGAAAACCAAAACCUCCGAGAAAAGAGACGGAUUCGAAAAAGGCCGCGUUGCGUCUCAUUCGGUUUGAGAAAAAUUUGCUUUCCGACAAGAAGAAUAAAAAACGAAAAAGAGAAAAUGGAACAGCGGUUUGUGAUCAAAUUUCUGUUAAUCCAAAAAAUGGAGAUGCUUCAGAUCUAGAGUCUAAUGCUAUUGACUCGGAAAGCGAACUAACCGAUACAACUGCAGCGACGAAGACCGAUUUGAAAGAUACAGAUGCAAAUACAGUACCAUUAAAAAAACGGAAAAGAAGUAAUUCAACGUGUGAUAUACCUAGCCCUAGAUCUGAAAUUAUUGAGAGCAGGAAGAAGCUGCGAAAAGAAGCUUCCAAAAAGAUUAAAACUACAAAAAUUAAAUUAAAUAAAAAAGGUAACAAAUCUACGACAGAUAAAAAUAUAAAACGUGAAAUGAAAAAAGCGGUAACUUGUGACGUACAAACAUCUGACAAUAUAGAUCAAUAUACUUCUAUUUCGCCAAUUUCCAGCAAAAAAAAUCAAGUCACAGUAAUUAAUCCUGUAGCCAAGAAAAAAAUAUCGAAAAGCAAGCACCGAGACGUGCCAUUAAAAAAUGAACUACCAUGUCAGAUAAAGAAGCAAACCAAUUUAAAUAAUUUUUCGAUGGAAAAGAAAAAGGUAAUAUUCGGGCUCUCUCGGAAUACAGCGCAACAUACAUCCGAGUAUCUUCAACAAGUUCGUAAAAGUCCAGGUAUUCCGUUUGACGCAAAUAAAAAACCGUUGGCCAGCGUGCUGAAAAUAAGUCCUAUACCAAGUCCACUUAAUCCAUUUUACAAAAAAUGAUGCAAGAGAUAUCACGGGAUUGAGCCUUCCCGUGAAACUGAUUAGAAAAUUAAGUUCAAUUUUCAAGUAAUUAAUAAGAACUGGAUUUGUAAAAUUCUUUGCUUUAGAAUUUUGAGUGAGUUAAUCGAAUUUUGUUAGCGGUGCAAGAUGCGAAAAACUUGGCUCUCCUACUGAAAACAUUUUACUGAAAUAUCAAGAAAUUUAUACAUAUGUUUGCAAUUAAUAAAAUCGCAGUUAAUUUAAGAU